GUAGGCGUACAAAACGACAUAAGAAUCGACCCUCGUCACAACAACACAGCGAGCGUUUUAGGGUUCAUGCUGCUAGCCUGCUACAGCUAAACUCGACCUUGAAAUUGCUGGUAUUUCGUAACCUGUGACUCACUGAGUGAGAGUUGAACUCGCUUCGAGUUCGAGAGACAGUCUCUUUAACAGCCUCGCAUUUUUGUUCUUUUUCUGGCAUCUGUACAGCAUUUUCUUGAAGCUUUGUUGAGCACUUGCGUGGCCAUGGCUGAUAUAGAGCAAGCUGGGGCAAAAGAUACAACAUCCUCUCUGAUAGAUCAGCUUGGCUAUGCAUUUCUUGAACUUGAAGCUCACAAAGAUGCUUCUAAGGAUAAGGUUCGAUGGAUGGAAGUUGAAGAACACUUCCGCAACCUUGAGACAUUGUUGAAGAACAAAUUUGAAGAGCUUGAAGCAAAGGAGAAGGAAUUUGAGGAGAAAGAAGCUGAAACUCAUUCAUUGAUUGCUGAGAAAGUGGCAGCUGUCAAUGCGAAAGAGCAAGCCCUUUUGGACCGUGUGCAGGAGCUAAAAGAUGCCGCUGUUACUGCAAUUGCAGAGGCACGAGCAAAUCACCUGCCAACAUCUGUGGAGCCUGUUGAUGAUGGGGACAGCAAAGACAAGGUAAGCAGCUCUCAGGGUGAUAUGAAUUCCCCUGAGGAUGAUUCUUCUCUUAAAACCGGUGAAAAUGCUGAAGGCGUGGCUGUUGAGGUUAAGCCACGCCCAGAGCUGACACAAUUUUGCCGGCAGAUGGAUGCAAAAGGGCUUCUGAAUUAUACUAUGGAGAAUAAAAAAUAUCUAAAUGCCAUCCGUGAGGAACUUUCUGUUGCACUAGAAAGUGCAACUGAACCAGCCCGUUUGGUGCUGGAUUCACUGGAGGGGUUUUACCCCCCCGAUGAGACUACCCUACCAAUGGAUAAGAGGGAUGCUGCCCUUCAGGGCAUGCGCAAAUCCUGUGUGAUGUUUUUGGAAGCCAUGACUGCCUUAUUGGCAAGGGUUGACCCAGGGGGUGAUCACCUUCUGAACCCCGAGUCCAAGCACCAAGCCAAGGCAAUCGCUGAUGAGUGGAAGCCUAAGUUGGCUAAUGCAGGCAUAGAUGCUGCCAAUGGAAAUUCAUUGGAAGCAGAGGCAUUCUUGCAGCUCCUCGCAACUUUUAGGAUUGCUUCGGAGUUUGAUGAAGAAGAACUCUGCAAGUUUGUUCUUGCAGUUGCUCACCGCAGGCAGGCACCUGAGCUCUGCCGCACUCUUGGGUUAACACAUAAAAUGCCAGAUGUUAUUGAGUUACUGAUCAGCAGUGGGAAACAGGUUAAUGCAGUACGUUUGAUUCAUGCCUUUGAGCUUACUAGAAGCUUUCCUCCCGUGCCCCUCCUAAAGACAUACUUGAAGGAUUUGAGGAGAAACUCACAAGGAAAGGGUGCGAGUUCAGAAGGUGUUGCUGGUGUACAGAUUGACGUAAAUGCACAAGAACUUGCAGCACUGAAAGCUGUAAUCAGGUGUGUUGAAGAGUUCAAGCUUGAAGCAGACUACCCACUUGAUCCGCUUCUGAAAAGGGUCGCUCAACUGGAGAAAUCCAAGACGGAUAAAAGGAGGGGUGGAGACUUUGGCAAACGUCAACAAUCAAAGAAGCCAAGAGGGCAUGGAGGAUUCCGUGGAUUCCGUGCACCUGGUGUUACUGUUGCUGGAGCUGCCACUGCUGGUAGGCAGGGUCCUCCUGCUUUUGUUGACAGGGCAGCAUAUGCAGUAAUUUCCGAGAGGUAUCCUCAUGCUGGUGUGGCAGCCUAUGAUUAUCAAGCCCCUAGCCAGUCUGCAUAUGCUCAGCAAGCUCAUGAUCAAAGACUAUACUACUAUCCCCAAGAUGACAGAGCUACUCCAACCUCGAUUAAUGCCGCUUCUACUAAUUAUGGCAGUUAUAUUGGUGGUGGAUUGCAGUCUUCUCAUCAGCCAUAUAUGUGAUUGACACAUGCAGGUACCGUAGGAGGCAAGUGUAGUAGAGAUGACGGAGCAAGACUAACUCAUUUGAUAAUUUUUGUCCGAUGCAAGCAUGUUCCAUUUUUCUUUUGCCGUUUAGGUCUCAAGGCUUCUCUUGUCAAAUGCAUUACAACCAAAACAGUACUUUGUGAGAUAACCAUGCAAGACGUGAGCAUGUUGUUUUUGAUGGUAAA